ACUCGAGCGCCUAGCUCUAGCGUCAGAUUGGGCCGGCGCUCGCUCCCUUCUCGUUACCUGCUCCUCGUGGCCCUGAGAGCGUGGGGGCCAGGGGAAGCCCCAAAGAGUAGGAAUUGGAGGGGGAACAGGAGCAAUGGCGUCCAAAAAGAAACAAACGGUGAAAAAUCUCAACAUGGAAAAUGCCCAGCAGGAAAACGGAGAAGAACAAGGCCUCCUACAGAAUGGUGAGGAAGCACACAAUUCGAGAGGAGGUGAAGGCCAGAAGCAUGGACGAAAUGUCAGGCUGGGGCGAAUGAGACGACUUGUCCCUAAUUUUCGAUGGGCCAUACCCAACAGGCAUAUUGAUCAUAAUGAAGUGGGAGAUGAUGUGGAAAAGUUCCUAGGGCAGAUGAUGGAAAUCAGGAGAAAAACUAAGGACCAGCAAAUGAGGCAUCAUAAGCACUUCCAAACUCCUGAGCCUGAUAAUCAUUAUGACUUUUGCCUUAUACCUUGAAUUGUAAGGUUUUCCCUGCGGUUAAUAAUGUGGCCUCUGCUCUACAAGCUUGUAGUUUUGUGAUUUACUUUUUAGGUAAAACUGUUGGUGUUUCCACUUAGCAGUUUGUAAUUAAAUAUUGUUUUGUCUCAGUGUAAAACUUUCUGUCCAGUAGGGCAGUUUCACCCAGGUUUAGGAAAAACUAUUCUUUUCAUAAUAUGAAAUGAAUAAAUCAGAUUAAAAAG